AUGUCUGGAAGAUUUGAGCCGAAGCAGAAGGUCGAGCUCGACCCACCGAAAGAUGACCCCAUCAGCUUGGACUACCUGUCUAAAUGCGACGACACGAAGUUGACAAGUGAUAGGNGGACUGUUUUCGACGUGACUGGCAACAAGGCAUAUGAACCAGGAGCUUCGUACUCAGUCUUUGCCGGCAAAGACGCAUCCAGAGCUCUCGCACAGUCUUCACUGAAAAAGGAGGAAUGCCGACCAGAAUGGGAAGAUCUCAAACCUGAACACAAGAAGGUUCUCGAUGACUGGUUUACUUUCUUCAGCAAGCGCUACAACAUCAAGGGCAAGGUAGCCACUGGCAACGCGAACUUGUGA